UAUAAACGUGAAGUUCAGCAGCUCGUGAGACUCAUCGCGCGAGUCCAUAAGCAGUUGCUGUUUCGUUUAGGUUAGCUGUGUUGUGAAAACUUGUUUUUAAAUAGUUUUUUUUUUGUUUGUUUGGGUUUUUUAAAACGCUUUCAAACUCAAGCACUUGUUGCAUGCGGGACUCCGAGGGCAAAGCACUAACUCAUUAACUCUGACACGCCGUUAUAUCUUUCUGUAUGCUGGAGAUUGUGAUUGAUAUCCUGGAUUUAUGAUGGACGGCGGGGGCUGUGGGUUUAAUGGCGGUGGAGGAGGAGGAGGAGAGAGCCAUGGGUCGGGAGCUCAGCAUGGCAUGAUCACUCUGGAAGAUCUCGAGUCUUUCUCCGAAGAUCAGCUCUCAGACUCCGGCACAGGCGGUGCUGAAGAGAGGGAGAUGAUGGAGGAUGAAGAGCAGAACAGACUCCUGAGGUACUGGCAGGACGUCGCCAGAGGACACCGAAUAGAAGUGCCCAGAGAUAUGGCAGAACCCAUUCAGCAGCUAACUACUAAUAAUAAUGGCACACACGAGCGGGAAACAGUUCCCUUCACACUCCUCUCACGCAAGGAGAAGUGUGGGGACGUCCUUUAUGAGACGCGCCACUACGACAAAGCGCACUGGGCCUGCAUCACGGUCAAAGAGGACACAUACGAACAGAGCAUUGGCUACGGCUUCAUGAAGAUCAUGAGAUACAUUUGCCAACAGAAUUCUUUAGGCAUUUAUCUGGGCAUGACCAUACCCAUCCUGACAGUGGUGCGCAUGGAGGAGGCAAACACGAGCUUUUCUAGAGCCGUCACCAUAGCUUACUAUCUUCCCUCAAACCACCAGGCUCAGCCACCACAGCCUCUUGACCCUGACAUAGUGAUUGAGGAGUGGACUGCUACUACAGUCUACACCAGUGGUGUGAGAAACUCCCCAAAAGAUUUCACAACCCACCUCCUGCCCCUGGACUGCCCACAGCGGUGACACCACAGCGUCCUCCGUUUCUCUGUGCAGAGGACGCAACACACUGAAAACUCUUAGACUGUGUAAUCCACUACUCUUAUAAACAUCCUACGUUGCUACCUCUGCGACAACCGUCAAACGCAUAAUAUUUACUUUAAUGAUAUGCCAUUGUUGAUGCCAGAGUAUACAGCCUAUAGAUAUUUACUGUGAAAAUGUGCAUGUAAGUUUAAUAUCUAACCCCUGUUAUGUAUCUGUCAGCCAAUUAGCAAUUCAUGGCGCUUUCCAUUUCCCAGGGCCUUCACGGGGGCUACAAAUGAGACUACCCUCAUGAGUCAGAUCAACACUCUGGCAGAAAUACUGGAUUCUCCCGGGCUGUAUAUCACCAACUCCUUCAUCAUAGCUGGCUACACAAACCCUGCAGCAGUGCACCGUGUUAAUGAGAUAUGGUUCAUUCAAAGGCAGUGAAGGGAUUCCUAUGGAAACACCUGACCCUGCACCUCCUUAUUUGCCCCAGUCUACAGCUUGAACAAGCACACUGCCCUGAGUGAAAUAGGAAGACUGCUCUUUUUUUGGGGGGGGGGGGUUCUGAAUAACUCCUCCUAGCAAUUUUUAAAAUGCGAAGUUCCUUCAUGCAAAAUGAUGCGUAAAGGUUGGCAGGUCUGCGUUAAGUUGUGGAAACAUGAAUAACAUUUUCUGUGCUGAUCUCUUGGCUGUGAUUUGUCGUAGCUUUUGCUCCUCAGUAAAACCAGUGUUCUUUUGUUUUCACUGAAAUAAAAAAUAAUAAUAAAGUUGUGUUGGAACCAAA